AUAAACUGAAUUGUUUUAUUAUAUUUCCGUUCUUGGUUGUAAUAUUUCUAUGGAGGAUUAAAAUUAUUAAAACUAAAUAAAUAAAGAAUAUAUGUUUAACUGAAAUAAAACAUUUUGCAGAUUUUCUUUUAGCAAAACAAUGGCAACAUUAGCUCGUCUUGUGGAAAGGAAUUUACGUAAUUCCAAAGCUGGUCCACGCCGUUUAUACAGUGAGUUGGGAAAUGAGCCUGCGGGGAAAAAGCAUGAGAUUGGAGAUGAAGAAUUUCGCGUGUUAAAUUUACGGACCACAAAGCAAACAGCACCUCAAAAACGGCGAGUCUUCAAGAAAGAUCCGGUGGCACCCCCCCGACACCUUAAAAUGGAAACUGACCAAGAUUGGACUGCUGUUUGGCCGGGUCCUCGCACAUUUCAACCAGCUUCUGUGCCUCUGCCCUUACGCCAAGGUUACACAGAAAAAGGUGCCGCUCCACCUUCUAAAUUCGCUAAUGCAGAGCUUAUGAAAAUUCCAAAUUUUCUACACCUUACACCUCCCGCAAUCCGAGCGCAAUGUGAAGCUUUGAAACAAUUUUGCACGCCAUGGCCUAAAGGUUUAGAAUCUGAGGAAAAGUGCAGGAAAUAUUUUCCUAUUGAAAUCAAGAGCACUGAUUACUGUCACGCUCUACCUACUAUACGAAAUUCUGAAGCUAGACGAAUAACACUGAACAUCAAAUUGUCUGAUUUGAAAUUUGAUGUACAUGCAAAGGACAAGUUUUUACGAUUAGUAGGUGAUCGAUACAAUUCCGACACAGAUAUAUUCACUAUUGUUGCCGAUCGUUGCCCUUUAAGAAAACAAAACUAUGACUAUGCCAUGUAUUUGUUGACCGCAUGCUAUCAUGAAUCAUUUGUUACUGAACCUUGGGAAGCUAGCAAAUCAGAAGCUGAUAUGGAAUAUUACAGUUUUGACCGGAAUAAAUCAAAGCAAUCUGCUGAAGCUAUAAUUAAUUGGGGAAAACCCUUGGAUGAUAAAAAGGAACUAACGGCCAACAAAGGCUUUGCCCAAAGCGUAGAAAAUUUAAUAAACGAAGGUGAAAAUGAAUAUAAUUUAGCAAGGUAUAAAGAGGAGGUAUUAAAGUUGUUAGAACUAGGUACAAGAUAAAUAUAAAAAUGCAAUUUUUUAAGCUAAUAAAUGUAAAUGAUUGU